GUGCAUGCGUGAGUGUGUAUAUGUUCGUAGGUGUAUAUGAGCGUGUUGAAUGAAAACGGUAAAGGUUCCUAAGAAUGUCUGAUAGUUCGGAUCAGCUGUCACCACCGAACAGCGACUGUAAUAGUCAAAUGGGUGGUGUUCAUCGGAACACUGCUGCCGGACAAUACAUCAAUUCUUCGAUGUCGGUCCUUAGUUUGAGCCAUCAUGCACAACCACAAAAUUUAACGCCCACGUCUGACGGUAGUCCUCAAUAUCCCCAAGAAUUGUCCACCUGCAGUUCGGCGAAUGUCUCUACGAAUAUUGGAAAUAUCGGUGGAUUAUCUCUCGGUACAACGGUCAGCAAUUUUACACCCGAACAGAUAUCCUGCAUGUGCGAAGCGCUAUCCCAGAGCCAAGACAUCGAAAAAUUAACUAGGUUUCUAUGGUCAUUACCACCGGGUGAGUUGGUGCGCGGUAACGAGAGCGUUUUAAUGGCUCGAGCAGCCGUAGCAUUUCAUCGUGGUUCCUAUCAUGAGCUCUACAUGAUCCUCGAGAGUCAUCCAUUUUCACCGCGACGGCAUCAAGAACUACAACAAAUGUGGUACAAAUCGCAUUACUGCGAAGCAGAAAAGAUUCGUGGCCGACCAUUGGGUGCCGUUGAUAAGUAUCGAUUAAGAAAGAAAUAUCCUUUACCAAAGACCAUUUGGGACGGUGAGGAAACCGUUUAUUGUUUCAAGGAACGAUCUAGAACAGCUUUGAAGGAAUGUUAUACAAGAAACAGGUACCCGACUCCGGACGACAAGAAAAAUCUAGCUAAGAAAACUGGCCUAACGUUGACCCAAGUUUCCAAUUGGUUUAAAAACCGAAGACAAAGGGAUCGUACGCCGCAAACGAGAUCGGACAUGCUACCACUCAAUUGUCAAAGCACAACGAACAAUACAAUUAAUAAUUCGGUGAGCAACGGUGGAAGUAUGCAAUCAUUGCAGAGCAUCGAUUCGGACAGUCCGAAUUUAGCUAUGUCACCUUUGUCAACGAUGGGUAUGUCACCAGCCGCAAUGAAUUCAUGUAGUCCAAUGGGGAUGAGUCCUAUGGGGCCACAUCAUCACGGUUAUGCGACUCCUGUAACACCGUCCUCUGUACACACGGCUCAUCCACAUAAUGGUGGUCUUAGUCCCAUGAACGACGUCAAAGCGUUAUGCUACGGUCGUAGCGUUUAUGAAAGUGGUAGAGACGUGGAACAGAGCUCGGUUUAUUAUCCAAGUCAUAGCAGUAUGCAUCAUCAAUAUUAUCAACAAACCCAUCAUCAAAUGAUGUCUAGUACCCAUCACCAUCAUCAUAAUCAACAGAGUAUGCCGACGGGUUACGAAAUUAUGUUACCACCCCCUCAACAUUCUAUAUGACCAACGGAUUAUGAUGGCGAAAGAAACGAGCAAGGUAAUCAUGGACCUAAUGACGAUUCCUUGGCUCGUA